UGGCAGUGCAGGGUCGGGACGGAAGCGCUGCCGAUGGGGAAGGACGUUUCCAAACGUCCCCCCGCAUACAUUGCCUGUGCGCCCUCCCCAGGAGCACGCAGCACCACAAUCUGUGACCGCUGUGUCCACAGCGGAACACAGAUCGCUGUACAGGACCUCUGUGUGAGGUCACGAUUCAUGUGAUCCCUGAUUAGCCAAACAGUGAUCACCAUGAACAGUAGUAAACAAAAUGUCACUUCUUGACAUCAUUGCUUACUACGUGUGAAAUCUGUGAAUGAUCACAGAGAUCACAUGGCACAAGCCUAU